AUGCUGUUAGCACUCUUACUAGUUCUAUUGUGCACAUCUGCCGGUAUCGCGACCCCUAAAAAGGGUUUCGGGUUAUGUGGUAGAUUGUACAAAUGUGGUGAUACCUUUGCUUUGAGUGGAACAUCAUGGUGGUAUAACUGGCAUUACAGCAGAGAGGAAUACCAUUGGAAGCACUGUUCCAAGUUCCCGCGGGGAGAGUUUGUUCCAAUGAUAUGGAGUGAGAAAUAUCUUCAUGUAGCCAAAAUUCCAGCUGAUGCGAAACAUGUAUUAGGCUUUAAUGAACCGAAUGCCAAGAAUCAAGCUAAUUUGACACCUGAAAGAGCAGCUCAACUAUGGCCUCAAGUAGAGAAACUAGCUGGAAACCGAAUAUUAAUCAGUCCAGCACCAUACGGAUGUGAUAAUAAUCCAGAUAUGUGUAUUCAAUGGUUUGAAAGGUUUUUUAAGGCAUGUCAUAAAUGUCGAGUUGACAGAAUCGCUGUUCAUGGCUACCAUUGCGAUUCUAACAAAAUGAUAGAUUCAUUACUGAAGAUCUACAACAAAUUCAAAAAGCGAAUCUGGUUGACUGAAUUUGCCUGUACUGCUAGUAACAGUGUCGAUCACUACAUUAGUUUUUUGCACGAUCUUGUACCAAAAUUAGAGCAUCAUUGGGCUAUAGAGCGAUAUGCAUGGUUCUGUUCUAGAGGUGAUCAGAGUAGCAGUGGAAGACGACCAUGGAACUUACUGAAUAUGGAUUCUCCAACUUUGUCACGAUUGGGACAAGUGUAUAACAGCGUUCAAUAAAAGCUUAUUUUAAAAUA